AUGGAAAUACAUUAGCAUCUGGUAGUUCAGAUAAGUCUAUUCGUCUCUGGAAUGUAAAAACAUCUAAUGAAAUACUUCAAUCAGAUAGUAGCUAUAAAGGUUUGCUUGCCGAGUUUAACAUACCACUUCAGAAUAGCUCUUUAUUGCCAUAUGGUAUUUAAUCUUUAUUAUUAUUUAGUUAAUCCUGAUCGUACAAUACUUAGAAUAUGUUAGAAUCCUUUAUUUGAAGCAUCAGGAACACUUAUCUUAUAAGGACAAUUCAUUGAUCAUUAAGGGAAAGAUUUAAAACCUUUGUUUAAAUCAAAGGGUAGUUGUUUUUUAGAAGACUUAAAACAAAGGCAAUAGUGAAUUUGAAUAUUCAUUAAAAACAUUACAAUUAUAAUUUAAUCAUUUUUUUAUAACUUUUUAAUAAUAUGUGUUUUUUGUUACCCUUUAAAUAUUUGGAUAAUAUUGA